AUGCAUGAUUGGAUGUUAACAACAAGUGUUGCCUCUUUUAUUGUUUGCCUCUUCCUUGUUAUCCACUUAACCUACGCAGAAACAGGAUUUGUGAGCAUAGCAUGCUGUGCUGAAUCAUCAACUUUUACAGAUAAUGGCUCUAUAAGUUGGAAAUCAGAUGAGGGAUGGUUCCCUCGAGAGAAUACAGUUUGCAAAAACAUAAGCAGACAAGCAGAAGAUGAUGCAAACUAUGAUAAACUUCGAAUUUUCUACAUUCAACCAGGGAAGAGAAUAUGCUACAAUUUUUCAACAACAGAAAGUCAAGACUAUCUAAUAAGGACUACGUUUCUAUUUGAUGAUUCUUUGAGUCGUUCUUUUGAUGUUUCGAUUGGUUUCACAAUAAGUCAUGUGAAAUUGUACAAGGAUUUGGUGGUUGAGAAAAUUUUUAAGGCUACUAAUCAGAACGUAGAUUUUUGCUUAAUGCGUGAUCAUGGAUAUCCAUACAUUUCAAAGCUUGAACUGAGGCCCUUGGGGGAUUUAGAUUAUUUACAGGGAAAGGCUUCUGGUGUUCUGAAAUUGGUUAGCAGAGUUGACGCAGGAAACACUGGAAAUAGCAUCAGGUACCCAGAUGACUCAUUUGACAGAAUCUGGAGAAGGCCUGACCCCAAAACAGUUUCCAUAUCAGAACCGACUAGUUCCAACACUUACAUCUCUGAAGUUAACAAAACAGUGCCAGCCAAAGUUCUCCAAACAGCACUAACACACACAGACAGACUGGAGUUCCUGCACAAUGACCUUGACACAGAGGAUUCCAAUUACACUGUGUUCCUGUACUUUUUUGAGCUCAAUUACUCUAUAAAAACCGGCCAAAGGGUAUUCGACAUUUACAUCAAUAAUGAAAUGAAGAUGGGGAAAUUUGACAUUUGGGCUUAUGGGUCAGCCUAUAGGGAAACUGCUCUAAGUGUCACAGCAAGCAGGUCUCUAAACUUGACCUUAGUCAAGGCUGCAAAUGCAUCUGACCUUGGACCUAGUUUAAAUGCCUACGAGAUCUUGCAAUGGAUUCCAGGAACUAACCAACAAGAUGUGGAAGUGAUCAUGAAGGUAAGACAAGAACUGCUGCUGUAUAACAAGGAGAAUGAACUGCUGCAUAGUUGGUCAGGAGAUCCAUGCUUUCCUCCUUGGAAAGCUCUAACAUGCCAGAACUUCAACGGGUCAUUAUCUGUUGUCACAGGGCUGAAUGUUUCUUCAAGUCAUUUUCAAGGACCAAUUCCUGCUAGUGUUACUAAGCUGAGCAACCUAAAGGAAUUGAACCUUAGCUACAAUGACUUCACCGGCAAGAUCCCGCCGUUCCGGGCAUCCUCGAUGUUGACAUCAGUGGAUCUGAGCCACAAUGAUCUUACUGGAGUUCUUCCAGAUUCUUUUGCCUCCCUUCCGAAUUUGACGACAUUCUCUGGGAAAUGUGAUGGAAAGGGAUCAACUCGUAGAAAGCAAGGAAUCGUCAUAGGAACCAUUACAGGUGGAUCGUUUCUAUUCACCUUAGCAGUCGGAAUGCUGUGCAGUUGCUUCUACAGACGAAAAUUCAAAACUCAGCAAAAUAUUGAUGGGAAAUCGCACCCGAUGAUAAAGAAUGCUGUUUACUCUGUACCUAGCAUAGAUGUUGCUGCUUCGAAGUCGAUAUAUAUUCAAUCCUUUCCACUAGACUACAUAGAGAGUGCCACCCACAAGUACAGAACCUUGAUAGGUGAAGGUGGGUUUGGAUCCGUAUACCGUGGAACUCUACCAGACGGUGAGGAAGUAGCAGUGAAGGUCCGAUCAUCUACUUCAACUCAGGGGACUCGGGAAUUCGAGAAUGAGCUAAACCUUCUGUCAUCUCUUCGGCAUGAGAACCUGGUGCCUCUUCUUGGUUAUUGCUGUGAAAAUGAUCAACAAAUUCUCGUUUAUCCAUUUAUGUCUAAUGGCUCUCUACAAGAUCGCCUCUAUGGGGAAGCAGCAAAGAGGAAAACUCUGGACUGGCCAACCAGACUUUCGGUUGCUCUUGGUGCUGCUCGAGGCAACAUGAACGCCAAGGUGACAGACUUCGGCUUCUCAAAGUAUGCUCCUCAGGAAGGAGACAGUGGUGCUUCUCUGGAAGUAAGAGGCACAGCUGGAUACUUGGACCCAGAGGAAUCGAAUCAAAGCUUCUCUGCUUCUGAAUCCUGGUUUAUAACUCCAUCUUUCAGCGGACGGGAGCCUCUCAACAUACACAGGCCACGAAAUGAGUGGAGCUUGGUUGAAUGGGCAAAGCCUUAUAUAAGGGAGUCAAGGAUCGAUGAAAUUGUGGAUCCAAGCAUAAAGGGAGGGUACCAUGCAGAGGCAAUGUGGAGAGUGGUGGAGGUGGCACUAGUAUGCAUUGAGCCCUUCUCUGCUUAUCGGCCAUGCAUGCCUGACAUUGUUCGAGAACUAGAGGAUGCUUUGAUCAUAGAGAACAACGCAUCUGAGUAUAUGAAGUCCAUAGACAGCUUAGGAGGAUACAGCUUGAAUGGGUCCAAUCGCUUCACAAUUCCCACAGAGAAGAAGAUGGCUUUACCACCAGUGGCCCCAAGCCCACCAGAGCCUUCACCAAGACCAGGGAGCAAAAGGGAAGCAACCAAGGAGAAAGAAAAAUAUACAGCAAACGAGAAACAACAGAGGAUUCCAAGAAUAGAGAAGGAAUCCAAGAUCAAGGAAACACACCAUAGAGACUAA